UGCAAACAGUGAUAUAACUGAAUACGUCAAAAGAGGUAAGAGCAAUAUUCCAGAUUUGAUAGAGCAGAUAAAGAGUGAUAGAGCAGAUAAGGAGAAAGUAACAUUGUGAUAAAGAGGUAUCUGAAAAAUCAAGUGAACUGGAUUGAGUGAAAAUUGGUCUUUGUAAAUUUGACUUGGAAUAUAAAGUGUAAAAAAGGAAAAAGCUUGAUUGAAGUCGAGGUUACAGAUAAAAUUUUAUAGUGUUUGAAACGGGCAAUUGAUUUUCAUUACAAAGAAUAAAACAACUUUUUAAAUACAAAGGACUAAGUGAUUUGGGCUGAGCUUUAUAGAAUUUUGCAAAUACAAAUUUAAUUUAUUGACAAAAAUACAGAUAAAAGAUACAAAAAGGCACUAAAAUUUUAAAAGGGGUAAGACUAAUGCAUAACUGCAACUAGGGAUAAACUUGAGUAAAGUGAAAGAGUUAAAAUACAGAAUAAAGGCUAGAAGCGUUAUUGCAGAAUUUGAUUUAGAAAAUAGUGAUAUUUUUUCUCAAAGGGUAAAAUAGUGACCUUGUUGAUAAAAAGAGAAAUUUGAGUGAACCUGACUGAGCAAAUUAAUAGUCAUUCAUAAAUUUGACUAGGGAUAUAAAGUUUGAUAGAGGAAAAAAAUAUCUUGCUUGAAUAUAGUUUAGUUAUAUAUGAAAAUAUAAAGAGUUCCUUACAGAUAAGAUACUGAAAGGUACUAAAAUUUUUGAGAGGUUUAAAGUGGAGAGAGUGAUAUUGCACAAGUGCAACCAGUCAUAAACCUGAGUAGGUUGAAAGAGAUAAAAUAAAACAGUAUCUUGGAUUUGAUUUAGAAAAGAGUGAUACAUUUGAAAGUAAAGUUAGAAAGAGUGUUAUUGAGAUAAAAAGAGAGAAAUUUGAGUGAAGCAAUUAGCAUUUAUAAAUUUGACUUGGGAUAUAAAUCUGAUCAAGGGAAAAACCUUGCUUGAUUACAAUUUGAAUUGUAUACGCAAAUAUAAAGAGUAGCUGAUAGGCAGUGAUUACUUUUACCCUCCCCCCAAAGAAAAACUUCAAUUGCAAAGAAGCAAAUAUAAAUUUGGUCCAAAUUUUGCAAAUACAAGUGAGCUUUAUUGACAUAAUACAUUUAAAGGUACUUUUGUGUGGGUAGUGAAUUUUAAAGGAAACGUUAAGACCUUGAAAGACAAUUCAUUGUGUGCGUACUUCUCAAAUUUUUUAUCUGUUGGAAUAAAGAAAUUGAAAAUGGCUGCCACUCAAUUCGGCUCAAUUAUUCAUGAGAUUCUAAACAUGCUUUCCAGUUACACAUCAAUGAUCAAUUCAGAUAUUGGUAAAUGUUGUCAUUGCAUGAAUGACAUCAAUGAAAGUGACACUUACGUAACAUGUGAAUCUUGCAACAACCAUUUUCAUGUGACUUGUGAGGGAUACUUGAACAAUGACAAACUUGCUGACCAGAAAUUGGUUUGGAUUUGCCCAUGCUGUGGCCAUAGCAACAUUGGUAAUCGAAUAUUUGACAGAGUAUGUAUUCCAUCUCAUUAUAACAGAUAUGAGCCUCUCAUGUCGGCAGAUGUUGAUGAUGACAAUGACAAUGAGAACAUGGAAAUCUUCAAAGAGACAAGACGAAAAAGGAGAGCAAAGAAGAGCAGGUUUGACUAAGCACUUGAACCCGAAGACGUGUAUUGUUGUGGAAAAGAUGCAAGAUUUGAGACGAUACAGAGUUCAUGCAGGUGGUAGAAGAGGAAGAGGUCAAAGAAGGAACAUGAAAG